CAGCUCUGUUAGUCGCCAUUGUCAAAUGAAAACGUAGCCGAUUAAAAUUGAUGUGUGAAUGUGAAUUCGUUGAAAAAUUAAGAAAAUUCAUUGAAAAUUUUCCUAAUCUUUAGGCAGUUAUACAUAAUUAAUUAUUACAAAUUCAUGCGACGUUACUUUGUGCAGGAGUAAAGAAGUUUAGGAAAAGUAGCAACCCGAAAAGUUGAUAUUAAAGCAGGGUUUUGCCUGUGUAACCAUAAAAGGGUUAAUUGCAAUAAUUUAAGUUUAUCAUCAUCCUAUUUGAAAUACUAUUGAGCAGCUUUUCAAUGAAAAUAAUGGCAGAUCUAGAUGCUGUUCAUUUGGGUCUUGAUGAGAAUGAGGCGGAUAUAGCUGAAGAAUUGCAACAUUUUGACGAAUCUUUUGAUACUCGUAGUGAAGCUUCCGAAUCGGGUUCAGAGUCAUCGGAUUCGCAACCUAGUAUUAGCUCGGUAAGCACAGCCCCUUCUACUAAAUCCAAAGAGAAGAUAAAAGCGAAAGCUAAGAAACCGCAAAAAGCCCCACCACCGCCACCACCAGCGAAAUCUAUAGAAAAAAAAUCGAAGCGAGCUGCUUCACCAUCAGUAAAAGAAUCUACGGUGAAUGGUAAAAAUGCCAGUAAAAAGAAACGCAGCAAUGCUGAAAUUAAAUCAAGUAAAUCAACUGAAUCGAAGGAUCCCGUAGAAAGUAAGAAAUCGGAAACAAUCGAUUCAAAGAAGUCGCGUAAAAAGUCAUCUGAAGCUAGCCAGAGCGCCGCUGUUAACAGUGGUAAUACUGAAGCCAGCGAUGAAGAAGUUAUUAAAGCUAAAACCUCUGCAGUUCCUUUUGAUAGUGAUUCAGAAUCUGAAGAUUCUGAUUCGGCUGCCAAUAUAAAACGCAAUGGUCGCAAAAAUCCUCUAAAAUCGACAUCACCAGAAAAAAAAGGAUCGUCGACGAACGCUUCUAGCGGGGGUGGUAAAAGUGUUUCGUUAUACGACUAUAAAACUAAAUUAAACUAUUUAUUCCGUGAUACACGUUUUUUUCUCAUCAAAUCUAACAAUUCAGAUAAUGUUAAUAUCUCGAAAAGUCAAAAUGUGUGGGCUACUUUGCCACAAAAUGAUACCAACUUAAGCCAAGCUUUCAAAGAGGCCAGAAAUGUAUUACUGAUAUUUUCGGUUAAUGAGAGUGGAAAAUUCGCGGGUUUUGCUCGUAUGAGCGCAUCAUCACGUCGGGACAUAACGCAGCCAGCUUGGGUGUUACCGCCCAGCAUGUCCUCGAGAGCUUUGGGUGGUGUCAUCGAAAUUGAUUGGAUUUGCCGCAAAGAACUCUCCUUUAAUUGCACGUCUCAUUUAUACAAUUCAUGGAACGAAGGAAAACCAGUAAAAAUCGGUCGUGAUGGUCAAGAAAUUGAACCAAAAGUGGGUGCGGAAUUAUGUCGCCUUUUUCCGGAAGAUGAAAAAAUCGAAUUGACACCAAUUUUGCGUAAAUCGAAGGAAACUGCAAAAAUGAUGCGUGAAAAAAAUAUUCGGGUCGUUUAUAAACCGCCGAAAAGUUUGUCGACACGUGGUGGUAUCCGAGGUAGCACAAGUUACCGGCACGGCGGCCAUGAGAGACGAGAGAUCGGCGGUGGGCCUAUGCGUCAUAAACGCACCUAUGGUAGUGGACCACAUCGUCCCUAUAAGUUGCCUGCGCAUUUGGGUCACCCAUCAACUAGUUAUAAAAGGAGCGGUUCGCCGUAUAGAAGUGGACCAGGCGGUGGUCCUGGUGGCAGUGGAGGUAGUUCGCGGGCUGGUGGUGGCGAUGCCGGCUUACCACCCUGGGAACGGUACAUGACACCAGCAGCCGCUGCCGAAGCUUAUUUAGCAGAUUAUAUGCGCACAAUGCAUGGCCAAUUGCCGCCAUUGCCAUUUGUACCACCGUUUGGUCAACUACCGCCGCCAACGCCCGGUAGUGCAGCAGUACCUCCGUCGGGCGGUUCUGCCUCUAUAUACGAACAAUUGCCGCCUCCAGUGCGUUAUUAUGAUGGGCCGCCACUACCGGAUUAUCCACCACCACAACCUAUACGCCCACCACCGCCGGGUUUCGAUAAAUCCGCACCAUCCUAUGAAGAUUUUGCGGCGUGGAAACACGCGGGUCUGCCGACAGGCUCACUAUCUACCGGAUUCCCACCCAGUCUUAGCGGUAGUAAUGGCAAUAACACAGGGCCGGGUGGUAAUAGCGGUAGCGUGGGUGGUGGUGGCGGUUCCAGCAGUCAAGGUUACCGCGGUAAUCGGGGCGGUGACGUGAACAAUUCGAAUAUAAAUCGUACACGCGAACGUAAUUCUCGGGGAGGGGAUCGUGACCGUCAUUUUCGUGCUAACAAUGAACGUAGCGGUCGUAGUUAUCGUGACAAUCGUCGUUAAAAUUAUGAAAUAAAAAGAAAAGAAAAAUGUUUAAAAAUGAAAAAAAAACAGUGAUUAACUAUUUACUUAAAA